AUGGAAGAGCUGAAAGUAUCUCAAAGUGACUUCGUCGUCGAAAACCAAGGCAAGCUCCGCGACACAUAUAGAAUCGGUUCCAAGCUCGGUGAUGGUGCUUUUGGCAGUGUCCGAAAAAUCACCCACAGAGUAACUGGAGAAAUUCGAGCCGUCAAGACAAUCCACAAAAAAACCCUGCGAACUGAAGAAGAAAGGCAGACUUUUUUUAACGAAGUCUCAGUCCUACGUGCUUUAGACCAUCCCAAUAUCCUUAAGCUUUAUGAGUUUUUCCAAGACGAAAAGAACUAUUAUUUGAUAACUGAGCUCUGCUCUGGAGGCGAGUUAUUUGAUAGAAUCAUCAAUAAUGGCUCGUUUUCAGAAGCAACUGCAGCUGAAUACUUGAGGCAAAUUCUGUCAGUCCUGGCUUAUUGCCAUGAGAGAAAUGUAGUUCAUAGAGACCUGAAGCCUGAAAACUUCCUUUUGGAUACCACAGAUCCAGACGCAAAUUUAAAAGUCAUUGAUUUUGGGACUGCGCAGUUUUUCAGGCCAGGCGAAAUUUUGACACAGAAGUUUGGGACACCGUAUUAUAUUGCCCCAGAAGUGCUGAGGAAGCAUUAUGAUGAAAAAUGUGAUGUCUGAAGCGCUGGAGUUAAUUUAUAUAUAUUUUUAGCUGGGUAUCCGCCGUUUGGAGGGAAUACGGAUGAGCAGAUUUUGAGGAAAGUCAGCACUGGGAGGUUUUCUUUUCCGUCACCGGAAUGGGACUCGAUAAGUUUUGAAGCAAAAGAUUUGAUUUCAAAAAUGCUGACGAUUGAGCCAGGACGAAGAGUUUCUGCAAGAGAUGCACUGAGGCAUCCUUGGAUGAGUAAUGCUCCAAGAGUGCCUAUUAAUCCAGCACUUGCAAGGACUAUUUUUUCUAAUCUUCAAAAUUUCAGGGCUGGGAGAAGUUUGCAAAAAGCUACCCAAUUUUCCAUAUUUUUUAUUUUUUAAAAAAAAAAUAAAAAAAUAAUAAAUUUAUUGUAAAUUGGUAUACUUUUUCUUUUAUAGCUUCACAGUUGUCUACUAAAGAGGAAAAAGAAGAAAUGCUCACUCCCCCCCCCUUUAAAUUGGAACUAAAAAUUUUGUUCCAAUUUAAAGGGUGGUUAAUUUUUUAUUUUUAAAAAAAUAUCAAUAUAAAAUUUUUUAUAAAAUAUAUAAAAAUUAAAAAAAAAAAAUUUUCAAAAGCUUAUCGGAUUAGAUCAAUAAAUUUGUUUAAUAAAAUGCUAUUUACUCUUUAUCCUUUAAAACAAAGCAAGAUAUAACUAAAUUUUCAUUAUUAGUUAAUAUGCCACUAUUAAUUGGUAUCAAAAAUUAUUUACACAAAAAUUAUUAUUUUUAUUGAUAAAAAAAAAUUAAAAAAAAAAAUAAUUUUUAGAAAAUUUAUCGAUCAAAGUGCUAAUUUAGAUGCUAUUUAUACUCUAUUCUUUAAAAUAAAGCAAGAAAUAAGUAAAUUUUGAAAUUUUAUAAAGAAUUCCUAUUGAAUUUAUAUCAAAACUAUCCAAAUAAAAAAUAUCAUUUUUACCAAAAAAACAAAACAUUUUUUGAAAAUUUUUAAAAUUUAGCAAUUAAGGAUAAUAAAUUUAUUUAAAUAAGAUGCUCUUUAUACUUUUUUCUUUAAAAAGAGCAAGAUAUAACUAAAUUUUUAAUUUUAGUUAAGAAGAAGCAUUUAACUUAUAUCAAAACUUUUUAGAUAAAAAUUAUAUAUAAUUUUUUAUUAUAAAAUUAAAUUUUGUUCCAAUUUAAAGGGGGGUUAAUUUACCAAAAAAGUGGAAAUUUUACCGAUAUUUUGUUCCAAUUUAAAGGGGGGGGGAGUCAGUUUAUUUAAAUCUCUAGAUACUGAUAAUAGUGGAACUUUGUCUAGAGCUGAAUUAAUUGAAGGCUACACUAUGCUUUAUGGUAACCAAAUUGAUGAUAUUCAAGGAGAAGUCGAAAGAAUAAUGAGCCAAGUGGAUACUGAUAAGUCUGGGGAAAUUGAUUAUACUGAAUUUAUUGCAGCUACUUUGAAUAAAAAUAGGCUUUUGUCGAGGGAAAGACUCGAAGCGGCCUUUAGAGCGUUUGAUUUAGAUAAUAGUGGGACGAUUACUGCAGAAGAAUUAAAGGUAAUUCUGGGGUAAUUAAAAUGGAGGUGUCCUGGUAAGGGUAGUUCCUUAUAUGGGUUCAAAGAAGGGAGCUUCGGAUCUUCUGAGAGUUUUACAUCUAACGGUCAAGUAGCAGCCGAUCAGUCGCUUAGAGCGGAAAUCGUAUCUCACAUAAAAGGUUUCAGAAAUCAAAAGACGAAUUAUUUAAGAGUUAUCUUACUAGCUAAUUCUGGGAAAACAUAAUACAUAUGACGAGGAUAUGUGGCAGGAGAUUGUGAAUGAGGUAGAUUUAAAUGGAGAUGGGGUUAUUGAUUUGAGAGAAUUCACUGAAAUGAUGCUAAAACAUACAUAA